AUGUCGAACAUCCAGGCCCUCGGUGCAGGCUCUACAACAUCCUUCCGUGAGCUUCUCCGGAAAUUCAGACAAGAGCAGAAAGGCGGCUCUUUCAUUGCUUGGAGCUGGUUUAAUAAUUCUACAGAGGACCUCCCCUCCACAUGCACAGCAAACUGGUGGGAAAGUACCACCGAUCUCCAAAGUGAAAAAGCCGCCCAGCCCACAACCGCAACCGCUUGGGAAUGUGGAGAAGCGGAAUGUGACACCUGCAGCACCGAUGAAGACGACGAUGCAGCCUCCACACACUCCCAUUGGCUCGGUUGCUACGACGGCCAAGAAGUCCAAGACAACGCCUCAUUCAGCUCCGCAUCACACGACGAGGGAUAUGAGUACUCAGAUGACGAUUCGGACGCGGUCUCAGUCUCCUCCGCAUCAUCGACCUAUUCUGAUGACUAUGACGAACUCGAUUUCGGAUGGGAGAAGAAGCAGGAACGAAAGGAGGAGGAGUACCUGCCUGCGCUCGGCUGGUGGAAAGUUUACCGUUCGGGUUGGUGGGAGAACUCAGAGGGUGCGGUGCUUUCAUUUGAGGAGGAUUACGUUGGGUAUCGGUUUUCAGCGCUGCUGCCGAUCAUUUCAGAGGAGCGGGAGGAGAGCUCCUGGCCCUGA